UCCAACUCGUCCAAAAUCGUAAUCGUGUGUGGAGUAAAAGUGGAGUAAUAAGACUGACGUACAACAUUACAUAGGAUAAAAGUUGAUUACAAAGGCAAACUUCAAUCGCACGAAAAGAUCUUUAUAUUCGUACAAAACUGAACAGCCUUUUACUCAGAAAUCCUUGUGUAAACGUCAUAAUCCCUCACCUAACCUAAUUCACCCUAAUGUAUUUCAAUUCAUCAUAACGUAAUCUCGAAUCAGAAUUUUAUGUAUAAAUUUGCCAACGAAGUUAAUAUUUAGUGAAUCUAUAACGAUGACUUUGUACCACUUCGGAAAUUGUUUGGCUCUUGUUUAUGUCCCAUAUUAUUUGACGUACAAGUACUCCGGACUAUCAGAGUAUGGAGCUUUUUGGAAAUGCAUUCAAGCAGGUGGUAUUUACGUAUUCACACAGCUAGUUAAGAUGUUAGCACUAGCUACAUUCUUUCCUACAGCAGAUUCUGUUGGGCAAGAAGGUUUUGAUAUUUUUGGUGAAUUUUUAAAAUCCACCAUAGAUCUAGCAGAUCUUUUUGGAAUAUUGCUUGUGUUGAAUGGCAUUCCCGGUAAGGGGCAUGCCAAGGUUCUGACAGCAGGAAUAGGAUGGGCAGGUGCAGAGGUACUGCUAACUAGAUUUUUGCUGCUAUGGGUGGGUGCUCGGGGAGCAGAAUUUGACUGGAAAUAUAUUCAGAAAAGUCUCGAAUCCAAUAUCAGUUUGGUACAACAUAUCACAACCGCUACUCUUGUUUGGCUGUGGUCACGGCACGACUUACGUAGAAGUCUUGUGCCUAUCGUAGUGAGCAUGCUCUUAUUAACAAUUUACAGAUCAUUAAUAUUAGAUUUUCUGAGCUCGCUUCUGCUAGCUGGGCCAUGGUCGUCGCUUUUCAUAAAAGCUGUGACAACUUUAUUUAUGGGGGCAACCACUUUGCAUAUGUAUGCAGGACUUGCUCAUUCGAUUGGGAUAUUUUAAAAGUUAUCCUAGAAUGAACAGUAUGGAUAACUGUAAGAGCAAAUAACAAAAUUGUAAAUAAGGUCAAAUUUCUUAGGCUUGCAGAAUAAUACCAUUUUAAGCGCAGCCUAAGAUCUGAGGACUAUUUUCUAUUUUGAUGAGAUCUCAAUUUUGUAUAUUUGCUAAAUAGAAUUGUAUAAAGUGAAA